GGAGGUACAGAGGUAGAGAGAUUCACACAGCAUAGCCCUCACUGGGUAGACAGCAUCGCUCCGAAACGCACUCACGAGCAAACAAAAAGAGGCUUAACACAUCAGAAUACUUUAAGACGAUAACAGAACACAGUCCUUCAGCAAAGAUGGGGCCUGGAUUGUUCUGGAACUUCCCAUCCAAGACUAGCUGCACGGUUCCACAGAGCCUGCUGCAGACAAUGUUGCUCUCCAGGAUGGCUGGCAUGAAGGAUCAGCAGUUCACUGAAGAGAAACCGCUACUGCCAGAAUCCAGGGGGCAGGAAACAGAGAUGGCCAAAGGACAGUGUGUGCACGCGCUGCCCUGUGCUACACCUCCCCCCCCCACGGCUCGUCCCCCAAAACGCUGGCAUGCCAUCGCUCAACACUGGCUCGGCCUGACGCGCCGUCGGACCAGCGGGUACUUCCCGGAAAACUGUGAGACCUUUGUGGCAGAAGGAGACUGGAAGGAACAUGACAUUGAAACCCCUUAUGGGAUGUUGCAUGUGGUGAUCCGCGGGGCUCCCAAGGGAAACAAGCCAGCUAUCCUGACCUACCAUGAUGUUGGGCUCAACCACAAGCUGUGCUUCAACACCUUCUUCCACAAUGAAGACAUGCAGGAGAUCACUAAGCAUUUUGUGGUGUGCCACGUAGACGCCCCAGGCCAGCACAUUGGUGCCCCCCAGAUGCCACAAGGGUAUCAGUAUCCCACCAUGGAUCAGCUAGCUGGGAUGCUUCCUAGUGUGGUGCAACACUUCGGCUUCAAGAGCAUUGUUGGUAUUGGAGUGGGGGCCGGUGCCUACAUCCUAGCCAAAUUUGCGCUGAUUUUCCCUGAUCUUGUCGAGGGUCUGGUUCUACUCAACAUUGACCCCAAUGGGAAAGGAUGGAUCGACUGGGCCGCCACAAAAUUGUCAGGACUCACCAGUACUUUACCAGACACUGUCCUGGCCCACCUCUUCAGCCAGGAAGAGCUUAUGAGCAACACAGAAGUGGUCCAGACUUACCGCCAACAGAUCAACAACACCAUCAACCAAUUCAACCUGCAGCUCUUCUGGAAUAUGUACAACAGCCGCAGGGAUUUGGAAAUGAACCGCAGUGGCUCUGUGCUAAAUGCUAAGACCCUGAGGUGCCCAGUCAUGCUGGUUGUUGGUGACAAUGCUCCAGCUGAGGAAGGCGUGGUUGAGUGCAACUCUAAACUGGAUCCAACCAACACCACAUUCCUAAAGAUGGCUGAUUCCGGUGGAAUGCCUCAGAUUACACAGCCUGGAAAACUCACCGAGGCUUUCAAGUACUUCCUGCAGGGAAUGGGUUACAUUGCUUAUAUGAAGGAUCGGAGAAUGAGUGGGGGGCCAGUGCCUUCGGCCAGUAUGACCCGUCUUGUUCGCUCGCGAACGGCCUCUCUGACCAGCGGCGGCUCUGUGGAUGGUUCUCGUAACCGCGCAUGCACGCACUCAGACAGCACUGAGGGCGUCGGGCAGGUCAGCCACACCAUGGAAGUGUCCUGCUGAACCCUCUUUCACUGUCUCACACGCACACAUUUAGAGAGACGUGGCAUGGAAGGAGGGCGUGAGAAGAAUGGAGGUCUCAAAUUGCUUUCUUUCUCAGCCAUUUUCUAUGUCAUUUUCUCUCAGUUUUUUAGUGUUAGCCAUCUUAAAGGAAUAGUCAACUCAAAAAUGAAAAAAAAAUGCCAUAAUUUACUCACCCGGAUGCAGUAGUAAACCCAUAUGACUUAAUUUCUUCUGUAGAACACAAAAUGAGAUGAAUAAAGUCCAAGCAGCUAUUUCCCAUAUAAUGAAAGUGAAUGGUGACCACAACUGAAUUUCAGUCGAUAACUACAUUUUUUGUGUGUGUGUUUGUGUGUGAAUUAGCUUUAGAAGACCUGAAAUGUCAUGCACAGGUCAUGUAUACCACUUUUAUUAUACCUGAGCAUGACGCCACUUGGUCCCCAUCCACUUCCAUGUUAUGGAAAAGAGCUGCUUGGACAUUCUGCUGAACAUCUUUUGUGCUCUACAGAAGAAAUAAAGCCAUACAGGUUUAGAAGAACUUUAGUAUGAGGUUUUCUUUUCGAGCUGAAUUAUUCCUUUAACCUGUAAAAUGCUGUCCUUUUUUUCCCUUCAAAACAAUGUUUAGUUUCCCCCCAACUUUGUAACGCGGUUACUUAACACUCUAUGUGUCAGUAUUCUGCACCCUUUGCUUGCUGCCUCUGGCCUUCAGCUCCUCCUAAGACAAAACUACAAAUCCCAUCAACCCCUGCUCUCACUCAUUCCUGUCCUAUGACAGUCUUUGAGGUGAAACUGAUUGAUUGGGUCGCAGGAAGAAUGGGUUGGUCUUGAGGAACAGCAAAAAGCAAAAUAAAAGAAAGAAGAAAGGAGGGUUCUUAAACCAGAGUGAUUUAUAAGUUUCAUUUGUAGCUCUCCCUCUCAAUUUUGAGCGAAAGCAAAGUGAUUGUAUAGGCGAAGAGGGCAAAAAUCUCUUAACCAGUAAACAGUGGCUUUCAGCUAAUCAUCUCAGCUCAUUCAGUCAUUCGGAGUGUAUGUAUCAUGAAAAAUGCUUUAAACUAAUCACUUUCUGAUAGUUUUUUUGUAUUAUUUGAUAUCAUGAUUGGUUUUCUAGUUUAAAAUGUUAUUAAAGCAUGAAAAUGCUUUAAACUGUUUUUCUC